AUGGACACUCCAAUUCGUCGUGUUGUCGCAGGCCACAAUGCUCAGGGAAAGGCGUACUUCGCUUCCGACGAAAUUCUGACGCCCUACGAUCCCACAACUGCUCCGGCAUUCUCAACCCCGGGCCCUGACUCUGGGUUCGGUGUCAUCAAAUUCACCGGGUCCUUCCUGUCGCAUCCUCGAUCUACCCCGGCAGACGCAGGUUGGUUCCAUCGGACACUGAGCCUGGAUUACGCCGUAGUGCUGUCCGGCACCAUCGGAUUUAUUACAGACGGAGGCGAGGAGAAGAUUCUGAAUCAACACGAUGUCAUUGUCUGCCGCGGCGCAAACCACGAAUGGGUGAAUCGAGGCAAGGAUGUUGCUCGGGUUUUUGUGGUGGUUGUCCCUAGCAAAGAGAUUGUGACAGAAGAUGGGAAGAGAUUGGAGAAGACACCUGCAGGCGACAUCUAUGACCCCAAGGAAGAGGAAGACUGA